AUGUACACAACAACAUCAUAUUAUAAUGUAUUAUUAAUAUUAUUAAUAUUGUUCAUAGUCUCGACGACGACUACAUCAUCAACAACAACACCAACUGUGUUAUAUGUUGAUCCAAAUAGUCCUUUAACAUAUGACUCACUGUGUGGAGCAUCAAUCAAUCAAUCAUGUCAAUCAAUUCAGGAUGCUUUAUAUACUUAUUCAAAUGAAUCGGUCGGUGGUUCAUCACUAACGAUCUCAUUAGCAGAUGGUCUAUAUACUGGUGUAAACAAUACUUUACUAUCACUCACAGGCUAUGACCUAACCAUUCAAUCAUACAACGGUUCACAAGCUAAUGUUGUGAUCGAUGGACAAUCAAUCAACUCUUUCGCAACAGUGUCAUCAUUCUCAUUCGAUUCUACCUUGACGACGUCCAUCCACCUGUCGGGCAUACACUUCCGCAACCUCUAUCACGCCUCAAACAUCAGCUCAUUACUCUUCAUCUCUGCCAACGCCAGCACCACUCUUUCACUCGUCAACUGCUCAGCAAGCAACUCAUCUCAACUCAUUGGCUAUGAUCCAACGCACGACAGCACCACCGAGUCGGUGUCGUCCAUAUAUGUCGACAACUGCAUGUUCUCAGACAUCAACGGCACGGUCAUACUGGUCAAGGCUCCCCUGUCUGCAUCGUACUCUGAAUCUGACCAGACCCCAACAGCACAGGUCACAGCGACCAUGUACAACAGUGUAUUCACCACCAACAUCAAUGGCUACUCGGUCGACGUCAGCAACACUGCGGCACUCAACAUCACUGGCUGCACAUUCCGCGACAAUACAGCCGGCGCAGUCAAUGCCUACCGAUCGGGCCUGACUAUUGUGGGCUCAACUUUCGAGUCUAACACAGCGAGCGACAGAGGCGCUGCCAUCCAAUACUCCUCACAGGACACCUACUCCGGCAUGUCUGUGACUGGCUGCACGUUCAGAUCGAACGGUGCUGCGGUCUUUGGCGGUGCCAUUGCGGUCUAUGGAUCGGUCGCCACGAUCACCGUGGACACAUGUACAUUCAACAACAACACUGCUUCGUGGAGCGGUGGCUCCGUGUACCUCGAGUCGAUCAACAACCUGACGCUGUCCAACUCAAACUUUAGCCAGGACAGCGCUGUCAAUGGCGCGUCAGUUUGCCUCAACAACACAGUUGUCUACAUGGCUAAUCUAUCGAUACAACAGAACCAGUGGAACGGAAUCGUGCUGGGAGGCGGCGUCUAUAUCUUUGGCUCGACUGCCGUGCUGUCUGGCCUGUCGCUGUCAAACAACGCAGCGGACAAGGGUGGCUCAGUCUACUGUGCCAAGUCGACCAUGUCGAUUGACAACUGCACAUUUGCCAACAAUACCGAUCACACCACCGUCAGGAACGAGCUGGACAACAUAUUCUGCGACACUCAACAAUGUCUGCUACAGAUCGACAAUGGAAAGCAACAUGAAUGCAAGGCUGUACGAGUGGUCACGCCAAAGACUCUUCCAACAGGUGUCAUCAUCGGCAUUGUAAUAGGAUGCAUACUGGGAUCAUUCCUCAUCAUCCUAAUUGUAAUGAUAUUAGUCAAGCGAUCACGUGCCAGAUAUUCAAAGUAUGAGCCACUACUUCAAAAG